GGACGGGGCGGGCGGAGCGGCCAUGGCGUGGUUACUUGGGCCGCGCUGAGGGACGGUUCCUUCUUUCUGUCGCAUUCGGGAGAGGGUGGCCGCCGGUGGUGCCGCCGCCACGGCGAGGAUGAAGGGCGCGCUGGCCAGCCCCGUGGCCGCCGCCACCCCCAUGCAGGAGAGCUUCGGCUGCGCGGUGGCCAACCGCUUCCACCACCUCCUCGACGACGAGUCGGACCCUUUCGACAUCCUCCGGGAGGCGGAGCGGCGCAAACAGCAGCAGCAGCAGGGCAAGAAGCGCGAAGAGGCGGCCGUCUCCGCCGGCAGAAGGCCCGGCCCUGGGGGAGCCGCCGGGGCCGCCACGGCCAAGCGGGAGUCCCAGAAGGAGCGCAAGAGCGCCACGUUCCUGCAGGGGGAGAGCUCCCCGGCGCCCGUCCAGAAGCGAGCUCCUAAAAGAGGAGAACAGCAGGGAUGGAAUGAAAGUAGAGGUACGGAGGUAAAACAAGAUAAAGCUGAAUGGAGACCUUUCAGGGAAUACCGUUCUCAUGAAAUGGAAAGACAAUCAGAGAUGACAGUGGAGAGACCACUAGAAAGAGUUGAACGGGAAAGGCCUAUGAGAGGUCGUGGCGGGGGGAGAGGUGGAAUGCGAGGCAGAGGAAGAGGUGGUGGAAUGAACAGGACUUUCAAUGGCUUUGAUCAGAGAGGCAAGCGGGAAUUUGACCGGCAGAGUGGGAGUGACAAAACAGGAAUCCGAGCAGAAGAGAAAAGAGGUGGAAGUGGACCUCGCAACUGGGGAUCUGUUAAGGAUGAUCUGAGUGAGCUGGAAGCACCUGCUCCUAUGGAAGAAAUCGCUGAAACGGAAGAGACUCCAGCAGUGCCUGAGGGAGAAGCACCGAUCAAAGUUGCUGAAGGAGAGCCAGUGGAAGAAGUAGCUCAAGAGAUGACGUUGGAUGAGUGGAAAAAUCUUCAGGAACAAAAUCGACCAAAGCCCGAAUUCAACAUCCGGAAGCCUGAAACCACUGUUCCUUCCAAAGCAGUGGUGAUUCACAAGUCAAAAUAUAGCGAUGAUGUGCUGAAGGAGGAUGGUGAAGACGAUUCUCACUUUUUUCGAAAAGCAGCAAAUGACAUCACUUCUCAACUGGAUAUUAAUUUUGGGAGUUUGCCUCGCCCUGGACGUGGAGCCAGAGGAGGACGAGGCGGUCGUGGACGCGUCCGUAGAGUUGAGGACUCGGGACCCAGGGCAGAAGUGAUGAUGCACAUCACUGCACCAAACCCUGAUGACCCUGAAGAUUUUCCUGCUUUAGCUUGAAAGAACCAUCUGGCACCUCCAAAAUAGCUGUGAAGAUACCAGCUUUACAUCGCUGUGGAAGAGAAUCAUUCUGGUCUACAGAGAGAAAUGACUUUUGUGUGUGAAUUUUCCACUUCUAUUAUGUUAAGAGCAUAGACAUAUUCAGUGGGCCAAGAUAUGAAGGUCCAGUACCAACUGUAUUUGGAUUAGCAGUGUGAAGGCUUAUGGUAUCAUACACGAGAGGUUUCAAAUAAAGGUUCAAGAUGGUUCUAACAGGUACAAAAGGAUGAUUCUUUGUCUGUGGUGUUCCGGUAUAAGCUCUGUAAGAUGAUCCGUUUUGGGGACUUUAUGGCAAAACUCUGUAGAUGCUUCACAACUGUUUGCCCAGCUUCAUGGAGUGAAAUAUACCUUUGCCAUAUCAAAUAGUUUGCACAAUUUCUAGAAGUUGGCAAAUAAAAAGCAAAGCAUACCAACCACAUGUUUGUUUGGUAUUUGGGCUCUUAAAUUUUUUAUUUACAUUGGCAAACAAUUGAAAUUAUCUCUUUUUUUGGUAAACCAUCCAUCGGCUUUUGGAAAGCGAGUUUUAUUACAACCUUCAGCGUGUUGCUGAGGUUCUUUCUGUAUGAGACAAUGUUCCUCCAUUAAAAGAGCACUGAUAAAGAUUA